CUGCAACUUUGGCUGGGACUUUGAGAUCAAAGCAGCCAUAGUAGACUGAGAAAACAAUACACUCCAAUCACUUGCUCCAAAGUAAAGCGCCAUCUUUUAGUUUCUUGUAGUUUUUAUGUUUUUCCAUCUCGUGCUAGAUCUUACUACUUCCCAGUUCCCACAUGUACAUGACCAAAUUUCAUGUGUAAUUGACAUAAGGCUCUCUCUCUCUCUCUCUCAGAGUUUGUUCUUCACCUUUUGACAUGGGAGAAGUAGAAGCUCAAGAACUGCAGCUUAGCAUCAUGGCUCAAGCAGAAGAAAAUGAAGGAAAAGUAGCUGUGCCUAACCAGCUGUCUCGGCGCAGAGGUUUUGACUGGUGGCUUAGAAUGUCGAUUUACACAGUCCUUGUCCUCGCUGGCCAGGCAAUUGCAACACUCUUGGGAAGACAGUACUAUGAGAAAGGUGGAAGUAGCAACUGGCUUGCAACACUAGUACAACUUUGUGGCUUUCCUAUCCUCCUUCCAGUUUAUUUCAUUCCAGCAUUAAACAAAAACUGUCCAACUACAAAUAGUACUAUAGCAUUAGAGUCAAACCCACCAUCUACAUUAGUCCGUGCAUCUGUUUAUGCUUCUCUUGGAGCGCUUGUAGCAGCAGACUGCUACUUGUAUUCAGUAGGACUAUCUUACCUUCCUGUAUCUACUUACUCCCUCAUUUGCGCAUCCCAACUCGCUUUCAAUGCACUUUUCUCCUUCUUCCUCAACUCGCAGAAGUUCACUCCGUACAUUGUCAACUCUCUUGUUGUCCUGACUAUCUCAUCCAGCCUCCUAGUUCUUCAAGGCGAUGACGAUUCUGCUGACUCGAGUAAAGUUUCCAGGCCAAAGUACAUAAUUGGCUUCAUCUGCACUCUUGGGGCAUCAGCUGGAUAUGCACUGCAACUUUCUCUAACGCAGCUUAUCUUUGUUAAGGUUAUAAGAAAAGAGACAUUUAAAGAGAUCAUAAAUAUGAUAGUGUAUCCAUCUAUCUUUUCAUCCGCUAUUAUCUUGGUGGGAUUCUUUGCUAGUGGAGACUGGAAGGUUAUACAGAAUGAGAUGGAAGCAUUUGAGUUAGGGAAGGUGUCCUAUAUUAUGAAUCUAGCAUGGACAGCUAUAACGUGGGCGCUCUUUUCGAUUGGAACGGUGGGGUUAGUAUUUGAGGCGUCGUCCCUCUUCUCAAAUGCUAUAAGUGCUGUGGGUUUGCCUAUUGUUCCAGUUAUAGCUGUGAUCUUCUUCCAUGACAAAAUGGAUGGUAUAAAGGCAAUGUCCAUGGUUUUGGCUAUUUGGGGAUUCAUUUCAUAUGUUUAUCAGCACUACCUUGAUGAUCGUAAGUCCAAGCGUGAGAAGAUAGCUGCCAAUGAUGCUCCAUCAAAAGCUUUCCCACUGGAAAACAUUUAAUCAGCCUUCUAUAUAUGAACUAGAUUCUAAUGUUGUGC